GAGAAAGAAGUAAGGUUUCAGUAGCUCUCUGUCCUUAGCUUUUAGGGUUAUAGAAAAGACUGAAGAGAGAUGAAGACGAUCAGGACGACAGAGACGAUGGACAUCCCUGAGGGGGUGAAGAUCAAGGUGAAGGCGAAGCAGAUCGAAGUGGAGGGCCCCCGUGGAAAGCUCACCAGGAACUUCAAGCACCUCAAUCUCGACUUCCAUCUUAUCAAAGACAAUGACGGCAAGCAGAAGCUUCAGAUUGAGGCGUGGUUCGGCUCAAGAAAGACCACCGCCGCAAUCCGUACGGCCCUCACUCACGUUCGCAACCUCAUCACCGGUGUCACUAAGGGUUACAACUAUAAGAUGCGAUUCGUCUACGCUCAUUUCCCCAUCAAUGCCAGUAUCACCAAUUCCAAUAGAAGCAUCGAGAUCCGAAAUUUCCUGGGGGAGAAGAAGGUCAGGAAAGUGGAUAUGCUUGAUGGUGUGACUGUUAUCAGAUCAGAAAAGGUGAAGGAUGAACUCAUCCUGGGUGGGAAUGAUAUUGAACUGGUGUCUCGAUCAGCAGCCUUGAUUAAUCAGAAAUGCCUAGUGAAGAACAAGGACAUAAGGAAAUUUCUUGACGGUAUAUAUGUCAGUGAGAAGGGAACAAUGGCUGACGAUGAAUGAUUUGGUAGGGGAGUAGAAAAUCCUUCCUAGGAGUUUUGUUUGUUAAACUUAUAAACCAGCAUAGCUGGAUAAUUUUGUUUUGGUUUUUUCAAUUGUCAUUUUCACCCAAAUGUUGUCAUUCGAUUGUUGGGAUUUGAGGCUGAAAAUGUACACAAUCUUGAUCUUUGUUUGAAACAAAGUCUCUAAUGAGGCCCGUCAGAAUUGUUAC